AUGGAGCAGUACCUGACUGGCGCCGCGCCCUACAGCAUCGCCAACGGCGUACCGUCCAAGCGCGCCGAGCCCAAGGAGCUGUCCGUGGCAGAGCGCGUGGAGGCGCUGUGGGAAAGGGUGAAGAAGCGCGACCCGCACCAGCCCGAGUUCCUGCAGGCGGUCGAGGAGGUCCUCACGACGAUGGGGGCCGUGUUUGAGAAACGCCCCGAGCUGGUGACCGUUAUGGAGCGCCUGUGCGAGCCCGAGAGGCAGCUCAUCUUUCGGGUGCCUUGGCUAGACGACGAGGGAAAUGUGCAUGUGAACCGCGGCUACCGCGUGCAGUUCAACUCCGCAUUGGGGCCGUACAAAGGCGGCCUGCGCUUCCACCCCAGUGUCACGCUUAGCGUCAUCAAGUUCCUGGGCUUCGAGCAGAUAUUCAAAAACAGCCUCACGACGCUGCCACUGGGGGGCGGCAAAGGAGGCAGCGACUUUGAUCCAAAGGGGAAGUCUGACAAUGAGAUUAUGCGGUUCUGCCAGUCUUUCAUGACCGAGCUCUUCCGACACAUCGGCGCCAAUACGGAUGUUCCUGCCGGUGACAUCGGAGUCGGGGGAAGAGAAGUCGGCUACAUGUUCGGCCAGUACAAGAGGCUGGCGAACAACUUCUCCGGGAUUCUGACUGGAAAAGGGUUCAACUGGGGCGGCUCCAACAUACGCCCCGAGGCCACGGGCUACGGCGUGGUGUACUUCGCUCGCGAGAUCUUGCAGGAUGCCGGGGACUCCCUGGAGGGCAAGCGCGUCGCGGUGUCCGGCUCCGGCAACGUGGCGCAGUUCACGGUUGAGAAGCUGCUGGAUCUCGGCGCGGUGCCCGUGUCCAUGAGCGACUCCUCGGGGUGCGUUAUCGAGGAGGACGGAUUCACGCGGGAGGGGCUGGCGGCGGUGAUGGAGAUCAAGAACGUCAGGCGGUCCAGGAUCAAGGCGUACCUUGAGGCCUCCAGCACGGCGAAGUUCGUUGAAGGAGAGCGGCCCUGGAAGCACGUGACAGUGGACAUCGCCAUGCCUGCAGCCACACAGAACGAGCUGGACUUGGAAGACGCCAAAGCGCUGGUCGCUUGUGGCUGCAAGUUGGUGGUGGAGGCUGCCAACAUGCCAUCCACGCCUGAGGCCAUUCACUAUCUGCACGAGAACGAUGUCCAGUUUGGACCCGCAAAAGCAGCGAACGCUGGCGGCGUCGCCGUGAGCGGGCUGGAAAUGUCCCAAAACAGCCUCCGCCUGCAGUGGUCCCGGGAGGAAGUCGACGAGCGCCUGCGCGGCAUCAUGAAGAACAUCUUCGCCUCCUCCAAGGCAGCCAUGGACGAGUACGGCACGCACCUCCAAGGGGGCGCGAACAUCGCCGGCUUCCUCAAGGUGGCGGACAGCAUGCUGGCACAGGGCGCCGUCUGA